AAUUCAACAGCCGUGAUCUGAAACUACUGAACUAAUCCUAGUUAGCAAAGUAAAAGAUUGAAAAUUCAAGAGUAACACAAUCAAGAAGGCAGUAGUUCAAAAGAAAAAGACGAAAUUAAAAUUCCAAAUAUUCAAGGACUCAUUUUAAAGCACCUACCAAGACAUUUCUUGCUCAUUAAGGCUAUGAAUGCAGCUGUCCAACUACCAAAAGGCUAAGACUAAUAAGAGCACUCGACUUAGGGAGAAAUUACUAAGAAGCAACUUCACUUUUAAAUCAUAGAAUUGUCUAUAAAUAAGAACUCUAGGUUAUGCAGUUCUCAAUUAAUCAGCUUUUCAUUUUGCCUUUUAUCAUAUCCUACUAGCGUUCCACUUCUUAACCUUCAAAUUGGCCUCCUUAUCUUUCCUACAAAGGCCAAAUGGACUCAAAACCACAUCCACUUCAUAUCUUGUUCUGUCCACACCUGGCUCAUGGACAUUUGAUCCCAACCACAGACAUGGCUAGACUGUUUGCAAGGCAAGGUGUGAAAGCCACGAUUGUCACCACUCAACUUAACGCCCCUUUCUUUUCUCAGAUAAUUGAAAGAGAAAGAAAGUUGGGCAUUGAAAUUGAUAUUCACAUAAUAAAAUUCCCUUCCGCGGAGGCUGGCCUGCCAGAGGGAAUUGAGAACAUAAGUUCCAUCACUUCACGAGAAAUGGGUCUUAAAUUCUUCAAGGCUGUUAGCUUGCUUCAACAACCCCUUGAACAAAUACUUGAAGAAUGCCACCCCAAUUGCCUGGUGGCAGAUGCAAUGUUUCCAUGGGCUACAGAAGUUGCAAGGAAGCUAGGGAUCCCAAGGCUAGUUUUUAACGGAACAAGCUAUUUUGCACUAAGUGUGAUUGAUAGCUUACUGCGCUAUGAGCCUUGGAAAAAUAUAACAUCUGAUUACCAACCCUUUGAAGUGCCUGGCAUUCCAGGCAAGAUAAAGAUGACAAAACUGCAACAACCAGUUGAACUUAGAGAAUCAAUAGUUGAUGAUAAAAUGAAAGUUUUGAUGCAUCAAGUUUUAGAAUCUGAGAUUACAAGCUACGGAGUUCUCAUGAACAGUUUCCAAGAGCUGGAACCAGCUUAUGUAGAAUACUACAGAAAUAUUGUAGGAAGGAAGACAUGGCACAUAGGCCCGUUAUCUCUCUGCAAUAGAAACACAGAGGAUAUAUCACAAAGGGGAAAUGCAGCCUCUAUCGACGCAGUUGAGUGCUUAAGAUGGCUAGACUCAAAGAAACACAACUCGGUCUUCUAUAUAUGUUUUGGAAGCGUAUCCUGGUUUUCAGCUGCUCAGCUCAACGAGAUUGCCAAGGGUCUAGAAGCUUCUGGACAGGAUUUCAUUUGGGUUGUAAGGAAGGUGAACAAUGAAGAUGAAGAAGAGUGGUUGCCAGAAGGAUUUGAAGAAAGAUUGAAAGGGAAGGGUUUGAUCAUAAGGGGAUGGGCACCUCAAGUGCUGAUUCUUGAUCAUGAAGCUGUAGGAGGGUUUAUGACACAUUGUGGAUGGAACUCAACCCUGGAAAGUAUCACUGCUGGAGUGCCAAUGGUCACAUGGCCACUCAGUAAUGAACAAUUCUAUAAUGAAAAACUCGUCACAGAGAUACUAAGAGUAGGGAUUGGAGUUGGAGCCCAAGAGUGGUCUAGAUGGAUGGAAAAAAGGAAAUUCUUAGUGACGAAAGAAAAUAUAAUAAAGGCAGUCACUCAGUUGAUGGUUGGUGAAGAAGCUAAUGACAUAAGAAGCAGAGCUAGUGCAUUGAAAUUGAUGGCAAAGAGGGCUGUUGAAGAAGGUGGAUCAUCUCACUCUGACUUAAAGGCUUUGUUAGAUGGAUUGAGAUUGAACAGCCCUGGGGGAGAGCAAUAAGGAAUGUACUAAAGAAGGACUAAAGUUCAACCAUAAACCUCUCGAUCUUGUAUAAAAUAAAUAUUGAUAAAAGAAUACCAUAAACCUUGUGUCUUCUCUUUCUUUGUAGUUUUUAUAGCUUUAUUUUCCUUCCUGAGCAAAGUUAAGAAACUUUCAAUGAUUUAUGGUUCGACGAGAAUGGCUGUAAAACUCUGCCCUUUAGUUUCAUUUGUGAAUGACUUAAAAUAAUGCAGGUAAAAAAGAAAAAAAAAAACAAUUGAAUCACCAAAAAACCAAAACAGAGGGAAUACAUAUUACCAGGACACCUAUCCCCACAAAGAAACCCCGUUUAGGCUUCACAGAAAUAACAUCAUAUAGGGACACCAAUAAAAAGGUUGUCAAAUGCAAACCAAACAAAACUUUAUAUAUUUUUCAAGUUCAUACCAUUUUAGCCACGCAUCACAAAAGUGCAAGGGUUCUAUGAGGAAUAAUCCUUUCAGAGUUCGGUAUUCAGUUAUUGAUGGAACAUUACCUGAAAUGUCAAAUAUAAUCCCACACCCUUGAAAACCAGAACACCUAGCAUGCAUGCAGAAGACAUUUUUUAAAAUGCCAAGAGUGUUUUA